AUGAACGGCGGCCGCGGCCGCCCGGGGCUCAGCCGGGCUCCCCGCGCCCAGACGGCAGCUGGGCUACGCCGGCAACCCUGACCCGGGCUGCCGCGGCGCGGACAAGGCGGCAGCCCAAGCAUGGUGGACUGAGACCCGGCUGCCGAGGAGGGCUUUCCUGGGCUUCCACAAGCGGGCCGCUGUGUCCCUCCCGGCCCCCUCCCCGUCCCCCCGGCUCGGGUGAGGACUUUUCCCGCUUCCCGUCUUUCUUUCUGUCCCUAUGGAGCAGCUAUCCCCGCCGCCCGACCAUGCCUAGGAAAGCGGGGAAUGGGCAGCUCCCUUUACCCGAUGGCUGGGAGGAGGCGAGAGAUUACGACGGCAAAGUCUUCUAUAUCGACCACAACACCAAACAGACCAGCUGGAUCGACCCCCGGGACAGGUUAACAAAGCCCUUGUCAUUUGCGGAUUGUGUUGGAGAUGAACUGCCUUGGGGAUGGGAAGCUGCAUAUGAUCCUCAGAUUGGUGUGUACUAUAUUGACCACAUCAACCAAACAACACAAAUAGAAGAUCCCAGAAAACAAUGGAGGCAAGAACAAGAGAGAAUGUUAAAAGACUAUCUUAUGGUAGCCCAGGAUGCUCUCAGUACUCAGAAAGAACUGUACCAGGUGAAAGAACAGAGGCUAGCACUUGCACUGGAUGAGUACAUACGCUUGAAUGAUGCCUACAAAGAAAAAUCAAGCUCUCGUACAAGCUUAUUCUCAGGCUCCUCAUCAAGCACAAAGUAUGACCCUGACAUUCUGAAGGCUGAAAUCUCCACUACAAGAUUAAGGGUUAAGAAGCUGAAGAGGGAACUCUCUCAGAUGAAGCAAGAGCUGCUCUACAAGGAACAGGGCUUUGAAACACUGCAACAAAUUGACAAAAAAAUGUCGAGCGGCCAGAGCAGGUAUGAACUAUGUGAGGCUAAAGCCAUCCUGAGUGAGCUGAAGUCCAUCAGAAAGGCAAUAAGCUCAGGGGAGAGAGAAAAGCAAGAUUUAAUGAAGAGUCUUGCAAAGCUGAGAGAGAAAUUCAAUCUUGACCAGACCACUGGGACAUCUGAACCAGACUUGAGUUCCAGCUCUGUAAAUUCCCAGCUGUGUUUUUCUAGGCAAACUCUGGAUACAGGGUCUCAGACUGACAUUUCUGGUGAGAUUGGAGCAAGAAGUAGAUCAAAUUUAGCAGAGAAGGUCAGACUAAGUCUUCAAUAUGAAGAAGCAAAAAGAAGCAUGGCUAACUUGAAGAUUGAACUCUCUAAGCUAGACAGUGAGGCCUGGCCUGGAGCACUGGAUGUGGAAAAGGAAAAACUAAUGUUAAUCAAUGAAAAAGAAGAGCUUUUAAAGGAACUCCAAUUCACUACACCACGCAAGCGUACUCAAGAUGAGCUAGAGCAGCUAGAAGCAGAAAGGAAGAGGCUUGAAGAAGAGCUACUGUCUGUAAAAAGCACACCCAGUCAAGCACUUGCUGAAAGAUUGAAAUUAGAGGAGAGAAGAAAAGAAUUGGUACAGAAACUUGAAGAAACUACGAGGUUAACUACGUAUCUGCAUUCCCAGCUGCGGAGCCUCUCAGCUAGUACAUUAUCUGUGUCUUCAGGGAGCAGUUUGGGGUCUCUGGCAUCCAGCCGGGGAUCUCUGAACACAUCAAGCAGAGGGUCCCUAAACUCACUCAGCUCCACGGAUCUCUACUAUAACCAAGGCGAUCAAGUAACAGAUUUGGACUACCAGUAUAAACUUGACUUCAUAUUGCAAGAAAAAAGUGGCUACAUUCCUUCAGGGCCUAUCACUACUAUUCAUGAAAAUGAAGUGGUUAGUUCCCACGGGAGACUGGGUUACAGUGACUCUCCUUCAGCUGCAGACCACCCCAAAUUGACUGAACCUCCCAAAUCUGUAACAUCACUGUCUUCCAGAUCCUCGCUGUCCUCCUUGUCCCCCCCCAGCUCCCCUUUGGUUUUGGAAGCUGCGUUUUCAAUGUCAGCUCAGAAUUCCCCUCUGCAUCACCUCACUACGGACUUCGAAGACUGUGACCUCUUGGGUGAUUUUGCAGGCAUUAAUCUCUGUGAGAACCAAAUAUUAUUGGACUCUGAAGCCAGAGCAGCAUCUCAGAUUCCUUUAGGGGACAAAGAUCUUAAUGAAGGCAAUAGGCAGCCUCUGCCUUCUCUGCAUGAAGGAAGCUCAGGUGUUGACUUACUACAAAGAACAGCCAGUCACCUGCUUGAGGAGAAAAAGGCUUGUGUGUCUGCUGCUGUGUCUGAUGAGUCUGUAGCUGGAGAUAGUGGGGUAUACGAAGCUUCUAUGAAACAACCAAAUGAAACUGAGGACACUCUAUAUAGUGAAGAUGAUGCAACGACUCUAGAGGCUGCCCAGGUACAAGUAGGACUCAGAUACGACCACGAUAAUUCAAGUUUUGUGAUAAUCAUAGCCCGGCUCAGAAAUCUUCCAGCAUUUUCUGUCCCCUUUGGCUCUAAAGUGUAUAUUAGAGUAGCAGUCCUUCCAUCCUCAACUGAUAUCAGCUGUCUGUUCCGCACAAAAGUUCAUCCUGCCAUGGAAACCAUUUUAUUCAAUGAGAUAUUCAGAAUUGCCAUUUCCCAAGUGACACUGCUACAGAAGACACUGAGAGUAGAUGUUUGCUCUGUCAGUAGAAGUCGUCGGGAAGAAUGCUUGGCUGGGACACAGAUCAGUCUGGCAGAUUUAUCAUUUUCUGAUGAGGCUUCUACUCUGUGGUACAACCUGUUGUCUUGCAGACAAAUUCCUGGCAAGAAAAACAAGGACCAAAAUGAAAUAUCCAUGUUUCUGUUAGGCAAGCAGUCACUGGACUCAUUGGACUUGGAUGCUGUGUCAGCUCUGCUGGAGAGAACAUCUGCUGAGCUGGAAGCAGUAGAACAAGAGCUGGCUGAAGAUGAGGAGGAGGAAGAACAGGAGGAAAGGGGCUCUGAGGAAGACUGGUUAGAAAUGCUUGCAGAAGCCUCUGAUGAAAUUGUGGAUAAAGAGGAAGAUGGGAUUAAGAUGGCAGUAGAAGUCAACUGUACUGGUGACAUGGGGUCACUCAUUAAUGCGCCAGAAGUAAAUGAAGACAAGGGCAGAGAGAACACUGAUGAGGCCCAUGAGAGGCAGCAAGCUGCUGUCAUAUUAACACUGGUUGAUAAAGAGACUAAUACUGAGGAAUCAGUUAACGAGAACGCAGCAGUCCGGCCCAAGGACAGAGGCAGCUGGAGCUCCAGACAGCGUCCCUUUGUCAGGAACAGCAUGAUCGUGCGCUCACAAACCUUCUCUCCAGGCGAGCGGAACCAAUACAUCUGUAGGUUGAAUCGAAGUGACAGUGACAGCUCAACCCUGGCCAAAAAGUCUCUCUUUGUCAGAAAUGCCACAGAGCGGCGGAGCCUGAGAGUUAAACGGCCUGUUUGCCAACCAAUCAUGCGAAGAGCCACGCAAGAGUGCCCCACACGCACUUCCCUUGACUUGGAGCUGGACCUCCAGGCGUCACGGACAAGACAGAGCCGUCUGAAUGAUGAGCUCCAGGCCUUGAGGGAUCUUAAACAAAAGCUUGAGGAAAUGAAAGGCAGAGGAGAGACAGAUCUUCCCCUGUGUGUGCUAGAGGAUGAACGAUUCCAGAAACUCUUGAAACAAGCUGAAAAACAGGCUGAACAGUCGAAGGAAGAACAGAAACAAGGCUUGAGUGCUGAGAAAUUGAUGAGGAGAGCUUCUAAGGAUGUGUGCCGGUUACGGGAGCAGAGCCAGAAAGUGCCACUGCAGGUGCAGUCAUUCAGGGAGAAGAUAGCAUACUUCACAAGAGCAAAGAUCAGUAUACCAGCCCUUCCAGCUGAUGAUGUGUAAUUAUGCAUUUUCAUUGAAGUUUUUUUCCACUUGCUCAUCUCUUUUCAGGUGAACUUUGUAGAUUCAGUGACCUGCUUCAAAAGAUGUUCUAUUUUGCUUUCAUUAUUGAUACGUUUAUUUGUAAAAUAGAGUGAAUUGAAUUGCUGUAUGCUUAAAAGAAUGGCAAAAAUCCCAACAACCAGAAAACCAAAGUAGAUUCAUUUUGGUAUACUGAUGCUGAUUUUGUACAGUUUGUAUGUAUUGCAUGUGUGUUUUUAUUUUGUAAAGAUGGAACAAAGGAACAAAGGCAGUACUACACAUGUAUCCUGUUGAACUGCACUGUGCUGAGAAAUAUGUUCGACAGAAGAUUGUUUAUCUUUUCACUAUUUUCAUGUGAGCAGACUGUGAAAAUGGCUGUUUUGCCAUGCAAUAUUUUUGUACAAGAGUGUGACUUUUACGGUUUAAGGUUAACCACAAGCAUAAGCUCCUUUCCAAAACAUCAAGGCUGCCUCACAACAGCUGCUAACUGGCUUCAUCACUCACACUGGAAUUUUGUUUCUGAAAACAAAUUUCUUCAGUUUUUGUUUUUUAAUACUUUGCAGGAAGAGACAGUUCAGAGUGUAGUUGUGUGAAUGUACAGUACUUUAAUCUGCACUAAAAGGUUUCUUGCAUCUGCAGGAGAGUGAGAAAGGCAAGGGCAGACAAGUAACCCUAAAAUCUUAUGCAACUACCAAAAGGGGCAGCUGCUUUCUGAACUGGAAGGUGAAUCAAAUUCACGAUACCAACAUUGAAAUCAGAAUAGUUGUAUCUACUAUACACUUUAAAAUAAGUUUCUCUACAUUAAUCUUUUUUCCUAGAAGCUUCUUAUGGCCAACUAGGAAUAUGUAAGAGUAGUGUUCCUUAGGUUUACAAACAUGAAGAAGUUUCAUUAAAGUAUUUGACCAGGAAAGAAAAUCUGUCACAUACUAAUUCAGAUAUCAGGUCUUGUUGGUAAGGUAAAUCCUUUCUGAAAAAGCUCCUGAUGUAUUUUGGUACAGUAAAUAAUAUUUUUCAGAAAUACACAAUUGACCCUUUAUGCAGCUGAGAGUACACAGGUUUAAUAAAUAAAUGUGAACAGCAUGUUUCAUAUUUGUCUUACAUGAAGCAGCAUGCUAGGAAGAAGCAUCAACUCAGAUGCAUUGUGUUAGAAGUCCAGAACAUUAGAUGCAGGUGUUUCAGCAGCCCUAUCUCUAUAAAGCAGAUAAGGUCUUAUGUUCUGUGGGUGCUGUGUAAGUAGGUGCACACAGCAGCUAAGAGUUAUUUAGUUUUCCAUUUAAUAUGUUGCACUCAGAUGUGUGAACUCACUGUUAAAAGUUUUCUUUCCCAAGCAACAAGCCAUGUAUGCAUGGACUUCAUGUUUCAAAAAGGCUGUAAUUACUUGGUGAGAAAAUGGAAGCAAAUAUAACCACAAUAUGGUAGCAGCUGUCUUAAAUUCAAAGUGACAAUUAUGUGAUGAGAGGUCUGUGUAAGGGGUUUUCUUAUGCACAAAUACAUCAGUUCACUUUAAUGUGUAAAAGCUAAACAUGCUAUUUUGGGCAAGAUGACUGCUUGAACAUCCUUUCUGAAUGCCCAGUUUGUUUUCUGUUUCUUGGGUUUGAGAUAACAUUCAUAUUUUAAAGGUCAAUUAAAAAAAAUAAAUAAAAUUCUGGAAUUAUUUAAUGUAGAGGUGAAAUGAAGGUUGACAGUUUCAGCUGCUCAAUUUGAUUACAUAAGUUGCUUGUAGAAUGAUGUUUAGAGGUGUACUUUGAUUUUUCUUUUAUUUAUUUACAGUCUUAUUUAUGUUCUGUUUAAUAUAGUUCAGUUCUGGCCAUAAAAAUAUUUGACAUUAAGGAUGCUGUUGAGAAAAAUAUUUAGAGCUGUCUGAUUUUUGCCAGAUUAGCUGGUUCUCCUCACAUGUUGGAUAUUUUUUAAAAAAGUACUAUCCUCUGAUUUGUAAGCACAACGUGAGGGCAAACUCAAAGUACUGCUAGCUUUAGCUUGCCAAGUUCAUUUAAAUAUGGGAAACAAGCAUAUUCCUGUUCCUUGUUUUCCAAAUGGGUAAAGUUGAACAUAUUUAUAGACAGCUUUUAACAGUUCUGGGUUUGGAGGAUUUUUUACUAAUUCAGAUUAUUCACACUUGAAAUGCUCAAUAGAAUAAGCUAAAACAACACAUACAAAUAACCCCCCCAUCAGUUUAAAAUUAUAAAUAUUAUUCUUGAAGUGGAAUUCACUCUGCACAGCAGGGUAUAACGAAUGUAAUGAGUUCUAUUUCCAGGUACCAAUAUCACUGCAGUUGCAAAUAUCAAAAUCUAAAUGUUACUGGUACAAGAAUAUUUAGCCAAAUGAGCAAAGUUUAGCAGAAAUUGUACUAAAACACAAAUCAAAUCAUUAAGAUUUUUUUUUACUGUUUUUAUGUUUAUACUGUAUUAAAUAUGAAAUGCUCAGGACUGAACUAAAUAUUUAAUCAGGUUAUAUUCUGAAUGUGUUUCUGUUCUAAUUUUGUCUGUAAAAGUAUGCAAGUACAUCACAUAGAUUAACGUGUCUCUGCACUUUCCAUGUGUUUCAGUGAUUGGAAAAUACAAUUUUUUUUUAACAAAGCUCUUUUCCAG